AUGCCCGUCGUCAAAGGAGGCGUGUGGACCAACAUCGAGGAUGAAAUCCUCAAGGCUUCAGUUUCCAAAUAUGGUCUUAAUCAAUGGGCGCGUGUUUCGUCACUGCUUGCGCGCAAGACGCCCAAGCAGUGCAAGGCGAGAUGGAACGAAUGGCUCGACCCCAGUAUCAAGAAGAUCGAAUGGAGCAAGGAGGAAGACGAGAGGCUCUUGCAUAUGGCCAAGAUUAUGCCCACUCAAUGGCGCACAAUCGCCCCUAUCGUCGGUCGAACUGCGAACCAGUGCCUCGAACGAUACCAGAAGCUCCUUGAUGAAGCCGAAGCCAAAGAAUCAUCUAGCCUUGGGCUGACAGGUCCUGAAGGUGGCGAGACACAAGCGCCCAGCGCCGAUGAUGUUCGAAGAUUACGACCCGGCGAGCUGGACCCCGAUCCUGAGUCGAAGCCUGCGCGACCCGAUACCAUCGAUCUCGACGAAGACGAAAAGGAGAUGCUGAGUGAGGCUCGUGCUCGUUUGGCCAACACACAGGGCAAAAAAGCCAAGAGAAAGGCCCGAGAGCGCCAGCAAGAAGAGUCACGUCGUCUUGCUGCGUUGCAAAAGCGACGAGAGCUCAAGACAGCUGGUAUUAAUAUCAAGGUCACCAGCAGGAAGAAGGGUGAGAUGGACUAUAAUGCCGAUAUUCCUUUCGAAAAGAAAGCUCUGCCCGGUUUUUACGAUACAUCAGAGGAGCAGGCCCAGAACGAGGCGCAACGCGCAGCCUUCGAUCCUCGAAAGCAACAAUUAGCCAACAAGCGCAAGGGCGAGGGCGAGGAGGACACCGACCGAAAGCGAAAGAAGACCGAGAAGGAUGGAUCGUCAGAAUCAUACAAGGCUGCACUGAAGGCUGGUCAGCUACAAAAGCUUCGAGAGGCCGAACAGAGCAGCAAGCGUCGCUCAUUAGUCCUGCCUUCUCCUCAAGUCAGCGAGGGCGAGUUGGAGGACAUUGUCAAGAUGGGCAGAAUGGGCGAGGCUGCCAACUUGAGGGCUCGUGAGAGCGAGAACGAUGCCACCCGCGGACUGGUCAACACAUAUUCUACCCUCAACUCAGCUACCCCUAUCCGCACACCAAAGGCUCCCGAGCAAGAGGAUCAUAUCGCCAACGAGAUCAGAAAUAUUCGAGCGCUCAACGACACAAACUCGGCUCUCCUUGGUGGCGAGAACACCCCUCUGCAUGAAGGCGCUUCUUCGACUGGCUUCGACGGCAUCACUCCUCGUAAACAGACUAUUUCCACACCCAACCCCAUGGCAACACCCAUGAGGGGAGAUGGUAUUGGAGCUACCCCUGGUCGGCCAGGACAAACACCCAUGCGAACACCUAGAGAUACACUGUCUUUGAACCAAGAUGGUGGCAUGUCAAUGGUUUCUGCUACACCCAAAGAUAUAAAGAUGAGAGACCUCGCUUUGCGCAACCAGCUUAAGUCGGGUCUUGCAUCACUCCCUAAACCAAAGGAUACAGAGUGGGAAUUCGACAUUCCUGACGAAGAGAAGGAGCGUAUGCAGCUCGAUGAGAUGACAGAAGAAGAUGCGGCGGAACGAGAUCGCCGGGAGCGAGAGAGACGGCAAGUAGAGGAGGCUCUCGAGUUUCGAAGACGAACUCAGGUCAUGCAAAAGAACCUUCCGAGACCUGUGCACGUCGACCUGCCAAGUCUGUUGAAGAAGGCUAGUAGCAUCACUGACGUCGCCGAGUCUCUUAUUGCCAAGGAGUCGGCGAAUCUCAUAGCUAAUGAUGCCAUGAGGUUUCCUGUUCCUGGCGGCCAGGUGAGUGGCGCCGCUAAGCCAUUACAGCAAUUCAACGACGAUGCGCUCGCCGAGGCUCGCCUGUUGAUCAUGUCCGAAACAAAGCCCCUCCCUAAAUUCGAAGAUAUCCAGACUGCCUUUGAGUCUCGCGCAAGCAGCUCGCUGCUUCUGGGUUUAGGAUGUUAUAACGACGAUGAGGAAGAACAAGGGGCAGCUAUGCAGGGGGCAUUUGACGCAAGUUCACCACAAUCACAGAAUUUCAGGCAUCCACUAACUAUGUUCCAGGCUGUUCAAGACUCUAUCAUGGCCUCCGCUGAGGCAGGUGCUAAGCUCGAGAAGAAGUUGUCUCUCCAUCUUGGCGGUUACCAGAAGCGACAGAAGAUGCUUCGCGAUAAGAUGGGCGAUGCAUCUGAUGCGCUUGAGAAGGCACGUGUCGCCCUAACUGGGUUCAAGACGCUUGCCAUCUCAGAGGAUGUCGCUGUUGAACGACGUCUGAGCGCUUUACGUGAGGAGGUCGGCUUUGUUAACCGACGUGAGAGAGAAGCACAGGAAAAUUACAGAAAGGCUAAGGAAGAGUUGGACACACUCAUGGCAACAGGAGUCAACGGGGUGCAUUAA